AGCACCAGGUGACUGCUGUGGUAACCUUGUGGUAUCUUGAUGUUCUUGUUAUUCCGCAGGUGGUGGUAUUCAUUUAUUAUUUUUAUUGUGGUAGUAACCAGCAGCUCCAGUCAGGAUCAGGGCCCCAGGGUGCCAGGCCUUGCACAGCCACAGCCACACCCUCAAAAGACAGUCCCUGCCCUAAAGAAUUUACAGUAUUACACGCCAAUCCUCCGAAGCUUUAUGCCUGUGCUUAACUUUAUGCAUUGUGAAUAGUCAAUGGAAUUACUGCACAUGCCUAGGUCUUAGUAGGGUCAGGGUCAUAGCAGAAGAGUCAGAAAUUAAAUCUUUGUUGAAAGCAACAUACAGUCAGGCUAAAAUCAUAUUUCAAAGAAACAGAGCGAGGAGUUCCUUCCUCUGGUUACUAAUGACACUUAAAAUGAUUGAAACCAAAAAAAAUCUAAUUUACUUCUGUCUAUCGUUUUGGUUAUUUUUACGUUUUGUAUUUAGACCAUGAAAAUAGACCAGUUGCUUUAAUGUUUUGGUUCUUCUGUAUUAACCCAUGAAACAAUGCAGGGAAUUUUUUUUUUUUUUUAAUUUUAAAAAAAUUGUUUGAAUUUAAAGGGGCAUGACCUAGAUAGGAGCCAAACUUUUAAAAUGUGUAAGGAGUGGGGGAAGCCCUCCAGUUUUUCUAAAAACCUAAGACCAACAUGGCUUGUACAAAUUAAAAGGGAAAAAAUCCAGUGAAAACAGUUGCUUCUAAACAAAUACACCUCUACCCCGCUAUAACGUGACCCGAUAUAAUACGAAUUCGGAUAUAACGCGGUAAAGCAGUGCGCGGGGGGGCAGGGCUGCGCACUCUGGUGGAUCAAAGCAAGUUCGAUAUAACGCGGUUUCACCUAUAACGCAGUAAGAUUUUUUGGCUCCCAAGGACAGCGUUAUAUCAGGGUAGAGGUGUAGAUACUUCUCUGCAGAGAUUCCAACUCUACCCCACAGAGAACCUGACAGUGAAAUUGACUAAACAAUAGUAGAGGUGACUUUGUUGAUUCCCAUUGUCUACACUGGGAGAAAUGCAAAAAGUAAACAAAGAAACUAAAUAGUGAUGACUUAAAUCAGAUCCUUACAAUCCUUUCAUUUUUAAAAAGCUUACGCUGUUUAGGUUCUUAUAUCAUGCUCAGCAGUACGAAAUCCGAGCACCUAAUGUGUUACUAGUAACAGCAAAAAGUGUUUUGUUUGCAACAUUAUGAUUUUUUAAGUUCAGUGUAGUUAAUGGUUUUUGAAACGCCUAUGGAGUGUUUCUGUUUAUAGCAGGUGUUGAGAACACUUCUGAAAAAACAGAACCAAGACUCCCUGAUCAUUGUGUCUAACUAUUCUAUUGAUUAAAAUUAGGCCACAUCUAAAUUAGGAAAUAUUGUUAGAUUUUAAAACAUAUUAGUCAAUGUGUUUUAACUAAUACGAAUUUUAAAUAGGGCUUUGGUCCUAGCGUAGACAGGACAACUCGUGUUUAAAAACAUGUUACCUGGUCAUGGUUAACCCUCAACUCCCCUUAUUUAUCCGAGUCUACCCUUCGUGAGACCUUCUCGCUAGGUUUGUGUGAAAAAGAUUUUUCAGUUCACUGGCAGUUUUUAAAAAAAAUGUUUUGGGUCAAACUGAAGACUUUUUUUCAGCAAAUUUAAAAGUAAAAUUAAUUUGUUUCAGGUCAAACAAAUCAUUUUGUUUUGACAAAACUGAAACAUUGUUUUGAUUGACCAUUUUUAAACAUUGUUGAUUGUUUUGAAUAAAAUUAAAGGACACUUUGAAACAAAAAGUUGUUUCAAACUGAAACACUUUGAAAAUAUUGAAACAAAAGUAUUUUGAUUUUUUUCCAGAAUUGUUUAAUGUUUUUUUUCCAAUCCAAAACAAUCGGCUGAAACCAACACGAAUUCGCUAAAUGUUUUGGUGUCACCGAAUCGUCAUUUUUUGCCCAGCUCUAUAUCUGAUGCUCUCCUUCCAGAAACCUGUAACUGAUCCGUGUUUGAACAUCUGUCUGAUUUCAGGGAGAAAAGAAGAAUCCAUCUCUGGUGCUUGAGACUAACGGAUAUUCUGGAUAAUCUCUGAAUAGAAGAGCACAAUGCCUUUCUUGCAUGGCUUCCGCAGGAUCAUUUUUGAGUAUCAGCCGUUGGUAGAUGAGAUCUUGGGAUGUUUGGGGAUACAGGAUCCUGAAAAGCAGGAAACUCUAGAGAGCUGCCUAGCUGAAGACAGCAGCAAAUUCUCGGUCCUCAACAAGCUGUUGGAGAGAGAGACCCAGUCCCCGUUCUACCAAGAAGGCGUGAGCUACUCCUUGCUGAAGGUAGCUGAACUCGGGCUGGUGCCUGCAGCUGAAAUCCUCCUGCAGAACGGGGCCAAUCUUAUCUUUGAAGAUCCCGUCACCUAUUACACUGCUCUGCACAUCGCUGUUCUCCGAAACCAGCCGGACAUGGUGGAGCUGCUAGUGCGCCGCGGGGCGGACAUUAACCGGAGAGAUCGGAUUCACGAGAGCAGCCCCCUGGACCUCGCCAGUGAGGAGCCCGAGCGGCUGCCAUGUUUGCGGCAUCUCCUGGAACUUGGUGCCGACGUCAACGCAGCUGACAAAAAUGGAAAGACAGCUUUGCUGCAUGCCCUGGGCAGCAGUGAUGGAGUUCAGAUCCACAACACCGAAAACAUCCGGCUCCUGUUGGAAGGAGGAGCAGACGUGAAGGCCACCACGAAAGAUGGCGACACCGUCUUCACCUGCAUCAUCUUCCUGCUUGGUGAGACAGUGGGCGGGGACAAAGAGGAGGUGCGAAUGAUCAACCGCUUCUGCUUCCGGGUCACCCAGCUGCUGAUGGCCCAUGGCGCUGACCCCAGCGAGUGCCCAGCCCACGAGUCCCUCACGCACAUCUGCCUCAAGAGCUUCAAGCUCCACUUCCCCCUCCUGCGCUUCCUGCUGGAGUCUGGGGCCUCCUACAAUUGCUCCCUCCACGGCCCCUCGUGCUGGUCAGGCUUUCACAUAGUCUUUGAGAGGCUGUGCUCUCACCUCAGCAGCUCAGAAGACGACAGCUUCUCCGCUGACCUCCUGCAGAAAGCAGAAACUGUCCUAGAGCUCAUGGUGGCCAGCUCGCAGAUCCCCAAACUGCCCAGCAACUUUGACAUCAACUCCACCAGCUGCAGGUUCCAGGGGGAGAAGAUCAAGGCCCUUUUCUACUCCCUGAAGCAGCUGCAGCACUCACCGCAGGCCCUGAAACAUCUCUGCAGGGUGUACAUCCGGCAGCGCCUCAAACCGUGGCCAGUGGAUGUGAAGAUCAAGGCACUUCCUCUUCCCGACAGGCUAAAGUGGUAUCUCCUCAUAGACCACGGCAACGCCAGUGAGGAGGACAUCUGAGCCAGGCAGGGGGAAGACCUGGAAUCCUCACUCCAGUCCCUCCCCAAACACUCUGGUGACUUGGUUUCCCCACCUGGAAGAGCAAGAGGUUCCUUAUGGUCCAGACCAGCUUCCUCCACUGCCAGCCAGUGCUUUGUUUGAUCACGCUGUCCACAAAUACCGCUGCAGGGCCGGUGCACUUAGGCGCCGCAUGGGCCUGGCUUCUCUGGGAAGGGACACCCCCAACAGCAUGUUACCUGAAUCCCAAUGAAGUGUGAUUCGGGGUGGGAGGGUAGAGGGAUAAGUGGGUUGGGCUGGUGAUCUGGACUUUGUGCCUUUACAAGUGAUGAGUGCUGGUAGAAAGGCUGCUUUGCAUGGACGUACAGGAAACGCCUGCCUGGAGUUGGGACCAUGAGCCCGGUCUGAGGAGCAGAAACCAGAGUAGAGACUCAGGCGAUGCUCCCCCUAGGUUGUCCCACUGCAUGUGCCAUGCUGUUUGAAUAAGGCCGAGGAACAACCCUUCCCCCUCUCCCUUAUCCGCCCGCCAGUCUCCGGCCGCGCACUGAGUGCGGGAAUGGCUGAAGCGGUGUCUUAGACGAAUGGCUGCUUCUAACGCUGCUGCCUCUGGGGAGUGCGGCCUGGGCAGGAAGAAGCCUCAGGCAGCUAAGGGAAAACGUUCAGCGAGCGCCUCCUCCUCCCGUCUCCUCGGGAAGCUAUGCGGGAGGUUUCCCCUCAGGCCAGGCCCAAGUGCAGGCGGUGCUGGCCGAGGGAUUGAUGGCCUUUCGCCAGCCCCCUCUGCGCAGAGCCUUGAGCAGGCUUGGCUCUCCCAACACUUGGAAAGCAGGAGAUGUGGCUCUUUGCAGCAUGGGCCACAUGCCAGAGGAGCAACUAAAUUCACACAGGAUUUCCAAGAGCCAUAUCAAUGUCGACACACUCCUCUCGCAACAGCUUGUCCACCUGUUGUACCACCUGCCAGGACUAAACGAAGAGCAGAGAGGUUAGCAUUCUCGUCUCUCUUUCCCCCAGGCAUCUGCCAAGCACUUGGGGUAAAGGCUGGUGCCCCUGUGAGCCGGGUGGGCCUUGGGCUCAGAGAAACAUUUACAAAUGAGAGGGAAGCGGCAGGGCUGGGCGCAGCACCUGAAUCUCUAGCUCAGGGCUUUGCAAUCUGCUGAUACUGCAAGUGGAGGGCGGCACCUUUGUGGCAAGAGGAAACGAUUGGCUUGUGAAAUGAAGUGCUCAGGGGCUAUUGGAGGAGAUAGUAGGAACAGUGCUAACAUGGGGCCUGGUUGUGGAUUCCCAGGCCAGGCCAUCCUUUCAGCUUAGACUAGCAGCAAGUUAUUCCCGGCUCCUAUAGUUGUGGGGUUUCUAGUGCAGCUCUCCACGCUGCUGCCUGCGCCACUCAGUGCCUUGGGUGUGGUGGACAAGUCUACUAGAGCAGAGGAGCCCCUAACCUUGUUUCCAGCCUAGGCUUCACUGACCUUCCCCAUGAGGCCGUGUCUUGGGCUGGAGGUGCCGCCUCCUGGAGGCUGUGCACCUUGGCCAGAGGAGCACGCUUCUUGCAGCACUCCCUUGUUUUCUUCGCCCUGCUAAACCCUAGGUGUGAUCUCAGCCUGGGGCUGCAGAGACGAAAGGCCAAGUCACAGCACCAUCCACUGAGGGCAGGUUUCCCUCCAGCGUGUUAAUUACCUUAAGUGCCAAAGCCAAACAGCUGCUAAGCCAGUCUCACCCCUGGGAGAAAAAGCCAAAGCUCCAGUGAGGAAAUCCAGUGUGAUUCGCCUCCGAUUACCAGCUAGGCAUGAAAUGCCUUCACGGAUCUGGGGCUAACAUUGCAGCUGGGUACAACAUGAGGCUCUUCCUCCCCAGCCAUCACCUCCACCCAUUUGUUAACACUCACAGCAGGGCAAGAACAUGAAAUUCACCCUCCUGCCAAAACACAUCCACCUGCUGUCUCCCCCCUCUACCCCCACCCCAAACACUUCACAGGAGCAGCUGACAAUCAUAUUGACAAAUGGGAGUAAAAUGAAACACUGUGCCAGUGUCUUGCUGAGCUCAAGCCAUUAAACAUGUCCUAUUGUCAUAGAAAA